AUGUCCCUCAAGCAGCAUGGCCGUCAGUACGACCUGAUCGUUUUUGGUGCCACUGGAUACACCGGGACGUUUGUGGCGGAACACAUCACGACACACCUGCCGACCAAUUUGAAAUGGGCGGUUGCAGGUCGAUCAGAGUCGAAACUUCAGCACCUCGUUGGCGAGUGCAAGAAGCUGAGCCCCGACAGAGUGCAGCCUGGAAUUGAAAUCUGCAGCCUCAACGACGAGGACCUCGAGGCCCUCGCCAAAAAGACGUACAUUCUCAUCACCACCGUCGGCCCUUACGCGCAGUACGGCGAGCAUGCAUUCAGAGCCUGCGCCGAGAACGGCACGCACUACCUGGAUGUCACCGGCGAGACCCCCUGGACCGGCACCAUGAUCAAGAAGUACGAGGGCCUCGCGCAGGAGACGGGCGCGAUGAUGUUUCCGCAGAUCGGAAUCGAGUCCGCCCCGCCUGACCUCGUCACGUGGGUGCUGGCAAAGCAGGUCCGCGAGAGGCUCUCGGCCCAAACCGGUGCCGUGACGGUGUCUAUCCACCAGCUGGAUGCGGCUCCGUCGGGCGGUACCCUGGCGACGGUUCUCGGCCUCUUCGACUCGUUCACCCUCUCGCAGGUGAGGGAGCAGCACAAGCCAUAUGCUCUCUCGCCCGUCCCGAACCGCAGCAAGGGUCAAUCGCAGACGUCCCUGCUCACCAAGCUGGUGGGAUUGCGAAAUGUCCCGAACCUGGGACUGAUGACCACGUCCAUUGCCGGGAUGACGGACACGCCCAUCGUCCAAAGAACGUGGGGUCUCUUCGCAACCCUGCCUUCGCGCGAGAAGCAGUUCUACGGACCCAACUUCUCGUUCCACGAGUACAUGCGAGCCAAGGGCUACCUCCGGGGAAUCGCCAUUCACUGGGCUCUCGCCUUCUUUGGCUUGUUGCUUGCGACUGCGGCGCCCUUCCGGAAGCUGGUCAGGAUGUUCGUCUACCAGCCCGGCGAGGGGCCAGACAAGGAGGCGUGCAAGAAGGACGAGAUCGAGUAUCGCGGCACUGCCAUCCCGGACAGGGGAUCCGAGACGGGAUAUCCCCAGGCGUUCUGUCGUGCGUGGUACAACGGCAGCAUGUACUACUUGACGGCCGUCCUGUUGGCCCAGGCUGCCUCGACGCUCCUGGAAGAGGACGUCGACCUGCCCGGCGGUGUUUUUACUCCGUCAUGCCUGGGGCAGCCUUUCAUAGACCGGUUGCAGGGAGCCGGCUUCAAAUUUGAGUCGGAAAUACUGGAAAAGUAG